GUUAUUGACGGUAUACUACUACAAGAUUUGACAAAACGCUCAUCACUUCUCAAGAUGAAGAUUUACGUGUUCGCCCUUUUGAUCGUAACUGCGGUCGUUGUCGCAGUUCCUACUGAAGAUAAAAAUACGAUGCCUCGGGAAUUGCUGCUGCAGAAGGAAGACGAAUCUUUGAAAUUGCAAGUGACACAAGAAACACCUGUCAAAGAACACCAUCGCGCACGUAGAUUCACUUGUGAUCUUUUAUCUGGUGCAGGUGUUGACCAUAGCGCUUGCGCCGCUCAUUGUAUUCUCAGGGGAAAAACCGGAGGAAGAUGCAAUAAUGAUCGUGUUUGCGUAUGCCGCGAGCGUUCAUGGAUUGGCUAAAUGUUAUAUCAUUUUCUUGAGAAGAAUUUGAAAUUAGAAUUGGAGAAACAUAUUAAGAUUUUACUAAUAUUAUUAGAUAAAUAUAUGCACCAAAAAUUCAUCUACAAUAA